AUGGAGAUUUCUCAUAGCAACUAUCACUUAAAAUUUCGUCGAGAAGAAUCUCCUAGUCAGCUAAAGAGAGUCAGAGUCCCAUCAGAUAUCCUAGACUCUUCCCGCGUCAAAGGCAAAAUCUCUCCUUUCCCUUCUUCAAGAAACAAGCUCUUUGAGUAUAAAAACCGACUAAAGCAAGUCAACAGCCUAAUAGACAACCAAGAAGACCUCAAUUUCCUCGAAAACUCAAAGCAGCAGCACGAAAAAUUCCUCAAUUCUCUCAAGCAUUUAACUUCCUUAAUUCCCCUCCUUGAUACAAAUUAUGACAUUUCAAACAAAAGAGAGCUCGUGAUCACUUUGCUUGAAAUCUUAGACUAUAUUUUUCAGUCUGAACAAAACGAAAAGCAUAGCGAGAAUACGAAAGAUUGCCACGAAUGUGGAUGCGAAAAUUCGAAGAAAAGAGGAAGGUCCAUUUCUCCUGGGUGAAAAAUGAUGGCAAAGGAGCCUGGGAAAAAUUAUAUCGCCAAAACUAUUGAGGUAGAAGAUAGGCUUGAAAGGUGUCUAAAAUGUAAUACAGAGGUUAUAGGGAGACAUACAGGCAGCAUUUGUGAAUGGUGUCUUGAUGGAAAUGCAGUGGAAAACCAGUCAGAGUUGGCGGUCAUACUUAAAGUUUAUUCAAGCGCGCUGAUGAAUCCUAAAUGUACAGACUUGGAUUCAUCAUUUAGCCCAACUAAAUCAAUCGAUAUUAAAGAAGGCAGCUUAUUACCAAAAAAUCCAGAGUGGUUAAACUUCUAUAUGAAAAUUGGAAACAAAGAAGUCAGAAUAAGAGACUCUGACAGCAUUUUAUGCAGAAUUCAAUAUACAAAAGAAACAAAAACCCUCGAAAAGGUCGAAGAAAACUCCAUGCCACUUAUGGAAACCUUAAGCGUAUCCCCUAGAAAGAGAUCUCGAAGGCCUCAUACUCCAUCUUUUAUGAAACUAACCCAAGCUUCUGCAUCAAAAUCCAAACCAUUUCGAUCUCCUCUUCCAGAGAUUAACCCUCAGUCAAGCAAGGAAACUUUGCUACAGAAAAUUUUGAACUUAAAAAGCCAAGGCAGAACUAUUUUGAAAAACCUAGACAAUACAUUAGAUGAGCAGUUUAAUUUUACAAAUGAAAAGCUGAAUGGGGUUAAAGAGUAUUGCAAUCAAAUUUUAACAGCUUAUUCAAGGCAAAUCAGAAGCCUGAUAACUGGGAUUUUUGAAUUUUUACCUGAAUACUCUAUGGGUGUUGAAAAAUGCUUCAAAGGAAUUGUAUUGCUCUGCGAUUUCAUUUUGGAUUGGUAUAAAAAUGAAGUAGAAAGCAUGAAAGACCUGAUUUCUUUACAAGGCGGAAAAGACAAUCAGAAAAAGAACUACAAAAAGAUCAUUGAUGAGCUCAGAGAGGAGCACUUGAACUAUAAAAUAAAGCACAAAUCCAAAGCUUCGAAAAUGAAAAACUGCAUCAGCAAGUAUAAGCACUUGAUCAAACUUUACGAGAUGGAACUAAACCGAAAUUUAAGCGAAGAUUAA